AUGGGACCGUCUAAAGAAGCGCCUCAGCAGCACAAGCAGCCGUCCCGCAAAGGCAAAAAGGCGUGGAGAAAAAAUGUCGAUGUGACCGAUGUACAGGCCGGUCUCGAGGAUGUACGACAGGAAGUGAUCAAAGGUGGUAUUAUAGCCGAAAAGCCUUCUGAUUCCCUCUUUACCCUAGACACCAAAGGCUCGGAAGCCAUCCAAAAAUCUUACAACAAAAUCCACAAACCCCUCAAAGCGGAUCAAAUCCUUGCUGAGCGUUCUGCCACUCCGGCUAUCGAUGGUCGAAAACGUUCUGCAGUAACCGAUGGAGUACUUCAGCCCAGCACUAAGAGAAGGAAGAAUAGUGUUAGUUCUAGAGAAUACGAGCGGCUUCGAGAGGUCGCAUAUGGGAGCCAGACUGUCAAAGACAUCAUCAAGAACGAUGGCGCGCCUGAUCAUGAUCCAUGGGCCGUGAAGCGAUCGGAGGCGGACGAACAAGAUCCCAAGUUUUCGUACCUGGACAAGACGAAGCCCAUUAAGGCCCCGACUACAUUGAAGGAGGCACCUGUCUCUUUAAUAGCAGGAUCACGCAAUGUUCCUGCGGUAACUGCGCCGAAGUCGGGAACAAGUUACAACCCAACUUUCCAAGAGUGGGAUGCCCUGCUCGUAGCCGAGGGCCAGAGAGAGGUUGAAGCCGAGAAGAAGCGUCGCAGAGAAGCAGAGCUUGAGCAGAAGAGACUGGACCGCAUAGCUGCGGCUGAAACCGAGCGAGAAACUGACAUACAGACUGAGGAUGAGUCGGCGUGGGAAGGGUUUGAGAGCGAUAACGAAGGUGCAGAGAGGUUGAAAAAGCGUAGGCCGGAGAGGAAGACGCCGGCCGAGAGGAAUAAAGUGAAGAGGAGGAAAGAAGCAGAGAGGAGGGAGAAGUGGGAGAAGCAAAUGAAGGAGAGAGAGAAGCAGCAGAGACGGAUUGGGGAAAUUGCAAGGCAGAUGAAAAACGAGGCGAAGGCUAGAGCUCUGGUGAAGGCCGAGCUUGAGAAGCCUGAGGAGGUGGAUGACCGGGUACUGAGACGGAGGAGGUUUGGAAAGGACGCGCUUCCAGAACCUCCAUUGGAGCUGAUCUUACCGGAGGAGCUGCAAGAUUCCCUGCGACUGCUCAAGCCGGAGGGUAAUCUACUCAAGGACCGAUUCCGAAAUAUUCUGGUCAGCGGUAAGAUGGAGACCAGAAAGCCAAUCCAGCAGCCGAAGAAGAAGCGUGUAUCGUAUACUGAGAAGUGGUCAUACAAAGACUGGGAUCUGGUUACAUAA